AUGAUAGCUGAUUUUGAAGAAGAAGAUUCCCUGUUGGUUUGCGUUUUUGGUCAUGCUUACCAAUUCAAUUAUAUUCAGAACUUUCUGCGCAUGAACAUAGACGGUUUUCACACCCUUUUGGAAUUGGUAUCUCCAUUAAUCAAAAAGCAGGAUUCCAAUAUGCGAGAAGCUCUUUCUGUCGGUGAAAGGCUAGCUCUCACAUUGCGCAUUCUUGCAACAGGUGAUAGUUUCAUGUCGUUACAAUAUCUCCUUCGUAUCUCACAAUCAACAAUAUCAACUAUCAUCCCCGAAGUUUGUGACGCAAUAUACAAAGCUUUGAAUUCCCAUCAACUGAAGAAAACGGGCUGGAAUCAGCUGAUAAUUUCAACAAUAGUUGGAAUUUUCCAGGGGGGAUCUAUUUGUCAAACAUCGUCAGUGAAUCCCCUCUGGAAUUUUCCUUAUUGUAUCGGCGCUAUAGAUGGAAAGCACAUCGUGAUGAAAGCACAUUCAGGAAGUGUUUAUUUUAAUUAUAAAGGAACACAUAGCGUCGUGCUGAUGGCAAUCGCUGAUGCAAAAUAUCGGUUUACUUAUAUUUUUGUUCAGUUAUUGUUUACUUAUAUUGAUAUUGGUGUGAACGGACGAAUUCCUGACGGCGGGAUAAAUUUGUUAGAAGGAAAAACAUGA